AUGACGAUGAAAAUCCGGCUGGCGAUGCACGGCCACCGCAACCACCGCAUCUUCCACCUCGUCGCCAUCAACUCCGACAAGCGGCGGAACGCGCGCCCCACGGAGCUCCUGGGCAUCUACGACCCCCACCUGAACGACCAGGGCCGCAAGACGGUCGAGUGGGCGGUGGACCGCAUUCGGUACUGGCUGUCUGUGGGAGCGCAGCCGACCAAGUCGGCGGUGAAGCUGCUGGAGACGGGCAACAUCAUCCCGCCCAACUCGCGCUGGCACCCA